ACAGCUGAGACGGGACAGCGGCAGGCAGAGCAACCACACCACAGCCCUCUCUCCAUCUCCAUCUCCAUCUCCAUCUCCACCCCCCCGGCCGUACCUCAGAUCGGCUCGGCUCCGCGCUCACUGUCCGGUGGUAAAAAGGAACAGCCAGAUUCAUCGCAGAUCACAGAUAGAUAGAUAGAUAGAUAGAUAGAUAGGGUGGAGAGAAAACAACUCGGCGCAACAGCGACCGCCCGAGAUCAGAUGUGGUGAAAGAGAGACCUGCUCGCCUCCCCUCACCUCCUGGGGAAAGAAAAACAUCACAAGAAAAGCAUGCAGAAAGGAGGAGGAGGAGACCAGUAGCCCCCUCCCCUGCUUCCGCCAGUUGUUUUUCAUCCCCGGCCCCGCGUGAGAGGGAGAUCAUGGCCGCCGUCAUGGAUUUGGAUCUCAACUGCGCGCCGCCGGAGCCGGAGCCCGCGCCCGCCCACGCAAUGCUCCGCCAAGAACACGCCUUCCGCCACCAGGUGGAGGACCUGCAUAGGCUGUAUUGGGCGCAGAGGAAUCUCCCGCAUGGUGUGCCCUUCUGGGAGCAAUCCCAUGUCCUCUAUCCUACCCAUCCCAUGCCCAUGGCUACCUCCUCCCAAUCCCAAUCCCAAUCCCAAUCCCACAUGAUCGAUCCACAUGUUUUGGGCGCUUCUUCUCAUGGGCAUGGAGGCAAGCAGGCCAUUCGAUGCGGCAAUGGGGUUGCAGGGAAUUUGGGGAGCGCUGAGGGUUCUUCCGUCAGGAGGAAACCUGAACAUGGUGGCGGCGUACAGGGGAGGUCUGGUUAUCGCCGUAUGAUCGAUUUGGAGAAACCGGCGACGUCUGAGGACGACGACGAUGAUGUCGAGAUCUUGUCUCCUGCUCAAUUCAGUGGCUAUGCGAACCGUAAUGCUGGAUUUGUCGAUAAUUCCCAGUGUUACCCGAGGGAGAAUGCUGCCCAUGGUCGUUUCGGUUCAAUUGGCUCUAGUGAUACCCCAGAGAGUCAAUCACCUGUGAAAGCAAAAGCUACUGAAUCUGGACGCAUGCUUAUUGACCUGAAUAUAGCUCAAGUAGAUGAUUUGAAUGUUUGCCCUGAUUCUUCCAAAAAAGUGUUCUGUUCUCGGUUGGCUAGUUCAAGUACAAUGCAAUCAGGAGAAUGUUGCAGUAACUCCAGCAAAGCAUUCCACAUGGGAGGUGAAUCUAGCAUUGGAUCCUCAAAAGGGUCUUCGAUCACGUUUGUGGCAUCAACCUCUGCCCCAGACAGCGCAAGGGAAGUGAUGGCGAGAGGUAUUUGUGACCCACAGAGGAGUUCUAAGCCCUUCCACAUGGAAACUUCAAAUCAUGACAUGCGUCUCAGAGGAAAUAUCCUGCAUCAACAUACACUAGAUAAUGUUUCUGGAAUGAAUUCUCAGGCCUCUAUGGAAAUUCCGCGUGAAGAUGUAUCAAUUAGGGCGAGCGGUCGACAUUCUUCUUCUCCUUCAGGUUUACGAAAAUUGGGAGGACCAACAGGUGUGUAUAGGGAGUGCCAAGAGGAGAGUUUAGCAGUGAUCUGUGAUGAUGAAAUGGAGGGUUUUGACUUGAAUGUGUCAGUUGGAAGCAUUGAGCUGCCAUCAAUGAUGGAUAGCAGUCCCAGAGAUAAACAUGCAAGUAGUGAUGGUGUUGACAAACUUCUAAGUCAUUACUUUACAGAGGAUAAGGUUCAGGAAAACAUUUCUUCCGUUGAAUGCCCCACUAUCAUAGACCAACAACGCGUGACUGAGAGUAUGGACGGCAGGAGCGCACGGUCGCCAGACUCCGGGGUUGCAGCAAACAGAUCAAUGUCGAUUCCAGAAACUCCUCAAGGUCGUGACUACGCUUGUCCAAGGCUGAGAACAUCAAGUUCCUUGGACGCGACCAACGUGCAUCAUCAACCUGUGACAGAAGAUGAGUUAAUAGCUUCGACAGCUGCCGAGACACUCGUUUCCUUAUUCAUGGAUAGCGCUGCGUGGAUCACAGACAGCUAUUGCAGCAACAACCAGGUAAAUGCUCAGGAUGAUUGUCAUGAACCUCAGGAUGAUUGUCAUGAACCUCAGGUUUCGCUGGAUUCUUUCGAGGAAGGCGUGAUGAACCUAGAGGCACUGAGAGAUGAUGGUGAUUCAGUCGCUGUGAGAGCGCCGGACAAGGACGGGCCUUCGUGUGGGAUCAAGCUGAGGAGAGGGAGGGGGAUGAGAGACUUCCAGAGGGAGAUAUUGCCCGGGCUGGUCUCCCUGGCGAGGCAUGAGAUAUGUGACGACUUGCAUGCUAUAGGGUAUGAGAUCAGGAAGACUCGGCAGAGGAGGGCGCCCGGGGACAAGUAUGGCCCGUCGACCCGGUCAAGGCUGCCUCGGCGUUGCUCCAACGGGUGGAACUGAUGAGAGCUUUUUCAUAUCGAAGCACCGGGACUUGUGUCGCGUCAUCUCACAAAUGCAAAAUGCCGAGGAAGGAUUGGGGGAGCUGGAGUUGAGAAGCUCUGUGAAUAUCGCCAUGUAUGAACUGUGAAGCCUAGCCGAAAUCCCGGUCCGGCUCCAGUGCCAUCGCUCGGUCGGGGAAUUCUUCUUUUUUUCGGUUAAUCGACGAAAAGCUUGGUGAUAAUGGGGAGGGGUGGUAGGUUGCGCGUUUUAUUAGUAGCUGGAGAUUUAUAUUUAGCAAGUGAAGUGAUGACGGUGAAGCUCAACAUUUUUUUGUUUCUGUAAUCUGGAAUCCUGUGGCCCCAUAGAACAAGGCUCCCUCCUGCCUGUGUGUACAUCUUUUUACUGUUGUAUCUCUUGGGCUAAUGGCCGAGUUUACCAUGCUAGUUGACAUA